CAUACUAUCCCCCUCCAUCAACAACUUGAAAUUUCUGGCUGAAAGAGUUGGCACCUCCGAAGAUGCUGUUGAUGUCCUAUAUUGUCAAGAAUCUCGUUUGGAUGUUGCUCACAGCUGGAAAGGCCGCUGCUGAGGAGGAGAAAAUAUUCAGGUCGUUUGCCUACAAAUAUCAAUCGAUAUCAUUGCCAAAGAUAACUACAACAGUGACUUGUCAUCCACCUGCCUCACAACAAUACCUUAAGCACAAGCCAUGGCUGCAGAUGAGAGCCAGACACCGCUCACUCUCACUUGCAUUGUCCGAUGUCGCUUGCUUGAAGGCCGUGUCAAGGAGGGCGGCAGCUGAGGAAUGGACGUAACGACGGGCGGGCAGGGUAUUUGAGCAGGAUGCUAUUGACAUCACCUCUGGUGGUGGCGGGUGGGCACAGAAGUAGCAUUCUUGACAGUUGGCGGGUGGCGGGCAGCAGAGAGGCGGUAUGGAGGAUAUUAUUAGCUGCUGUGGGUCAUGUGUAGAUACUAGAGAUUUGUGAUAAGAUAUAUCCGU